AUGCUACGGAUUGGCGGCGGCAAGUCGAGCGAGCGGCGUCACGGGCUCAGUAGCUGCUCAGCGAGUGCCGAGAAAGUCGUAGCAAGUCACGAGGCAACGUCGCGAGCAUCGCAGGCGUCGGACUGCACGAGCAUUUGGCGAUGGCGAUGGUGGGUCAAACGGCGAUCAAACAUUGCCUUCCUCAUCGUCGCCUUCAGCGCGGGUGGGAGAAUCGUCUUCUCCCUACCUGCUCUUCUCCCGUGCAUGUUCCCCCGGAUCCUCGCCAAUCCCCCCCUUAACCCCCUUUGUCAUUUCUCCCCCCUCCAUCCCCCCUCAUGCUACAUGUCACCCUCUCACAGGCUACGGAGAGUUGCUGAAAGUUGGGCACUACACGCGCAGGCAGUGGGUCCGGGCGGCCAUUUCAUCAUCUUUCCUGCCGACCAGACGGCCCCUAGCCUUCGCCACCAGCAGGUAGCCGAGCAGUCGCAUGCCAAUGUUCCCUCAUCCCCGCAUUCCCCCCAUCCCCCCAACCCACAUUCCCUCCAUCCUUCCUCCCCCCAUUCCCAUCUUCCCCUCCCCUCCCCGCCAGCCCUCUUCCGUCACAGUGAACCUGCAGUGGCCCUCGCCACAUGCGCCUGGCAAGUAACGCUGCUGGACGGCGGCGUGUUCGGCCCCUCACUGCCCCACCUGCUCGCCCUGCACAUCGCCGGCCGGCCCCUGCUCACUGGACUGGACCUAGAGACUUCCAGCCGCCCCCUGCUUGCCCUCUUCCUCAACCCAUGCGCGCAUGCUGCCGCUGCAUGCAUGCUCUGCAUGUCCGUGGGCUUCCUCGUGCCUGCUGACGUGGCGGACAGAGUGGGGGUGGCUACGUGCUGGUGGUGGACAUGCCUCUUGGCUUGGGGGAUGUGUUUCCGGUCAGCCCAGCUGGACGCAGCGGGUCUGACAGUCAGGCUUGCCCCUCCCCGUCCCUCCCAAGGACCCUCUUGCCUUGCCCCUCCCGGUCCCCCCAAGGAUCGCCUUAAGCUGAGAGCUAGUUUCUUUCCCUCCCUCUCCCUAUCCCUCCUUUCCUCCCUUCUUUCCUCCCUUCUUUACUCCCUCUUCUCGUUCCUCCCUCCCGCCUCCCUCCCUCCCUCCCUUCCCCCCUCCCUCCCUCCCUCGCUCCCUCCCUCCCUCCCUCCCUCCCUCCCUCCCUCCCUCCCUCCCUCCCUCCCUCCCUCCCUCCCUCCCCCCCUCCCUCCCUCCCUCCCUCCCUCCCUCCCUCCCUCCUUCCCUCUCUCCCUCCCUGCCUCCUCCUCCCUCCCUCCCUCCCUCCCUCCCUCCCUCCCUCCCUCCCUCCCUCCCUCCCUCCCUCCCUCCCUCCCUCCCUCCCUCCCUCCCUCCCUCCCUCCCUCGCUCCCUCCCUCCCUCCCUCCCUCCCUCCGUUCCUCCUUCCGUUCCUCCCUCCUCUCCUCUCUCUCCCGCUUUAGUUUGUCUUUUGCUCAGAGCGUGCAAGGCACUGGACUAGCCUCCCCCACCGUGCUCGAGCCCUUUCUUCCCCUCGCCCCCUUUCUUUUCCCUUGCCCACUCUCCUUCCUGCCACCCUCUCUCUCUCUACGUUUCCUCUGCCGACUCUCCUCCCCUCCUCCCCGCCUUCUCCCUCCUCCCCACUCUCCCCCAACCCCCCCCCCCCCCGGUCUCCUUCCCCUCGCCCCCUCUUCUUAUCCCCGCCCUUCUCCUCCCCCCUUGGCCACUUUCCUCCCCCCCGCCCCCUUUCUGUUGGAGGCUGCCAGGAAGUCGUCGUGGAGUGGGGCGCUGUUCGGUGCUCCCAGUGACGGCCGGACCAGCAAGCGGCGCGUUGAAGUGACAAAGUUGCUGGCGGAGAGGGUUGCUGGGGGAGAGGGUUGCUGGGGGAGAGGGUUGCUGGGGGAGAGGGUUGCUGGGGGAGAGGGUUGCUGGGGGAGAGGGUUGCUGGCGGAGAGGGUUGCUGGGGGAGAGGCCGUGCAGAUCCACGCCAGCAUGGCAGCCUCGCUGGCAGAGAAGAAGCAGAAGCGUGUGCUGUUUGAGGGGCUCAUGGAUCGGAUCAAGCACAUGCUGCCACCCGCUGACAUGGAUGAGGUGAUUGGAGCAACAGGGAUGGUCUACACCCACGCUGCUGUCAAGCUGUCAGAUCUCUCCCUGACCUUUACCAGGCAGCAAGACAUGUCCCGAUCUGUGAAGCUGCCCAAGGAGAAAAUCACCGACUCAUCCACAUGCUGUGUGCGAGGAUGCGUGCCUGCGUACCGCAUGGUACAAGCCGGUGCUGAAACGUCUCAAAACAUCCCCGCCCUUCCCAUCUAUGACCCCCAUCUGCUUGGUGUGCUGCAGGUGUGUGUGAGGACUGCAUGCGCAGCACCAUGCGACCGCAUGCCAGCUUGCGCAGACCGCAUGGGGCUGCGCAAGCUGGCGCGAGUGGCCGCGGCUACGGCCCCCGAGGAGGCAGUGGAAUCCGAUGGGCAGCGCACGCCGUCUCUUUCUGACGUCCCUCCUUUAAAAGCCACUCUCUGA